AUGUCUCAUCGCCGAAUAUUGUCGGUAAAUGACAUAAUAUCGCAUCUUGAAGACAACGAUGACGUAUUGUCAGCAGAUAUUUACAUAACACCCCCAGAUAAUUACGACAAAAGUGAUGAAGACAGUGGAGAUGAGGAGUCUUCGAACAUAAAUCACCUGUCCAGGCAGCAGCUCUUAGCACAGGCUGAGUUUAGGGCUACUGUAUCUUCACAGUCUAAUUUAGAUAUUAUAGAAAGCGUAUCAAAUGAAGUUUCUAUAGAUAAUAAUACACACGGCGACUUAUCAGUACAACCACCGGCAAAGAAAAAAAAAUGUCCAGCUACCCGAAAGUGGAGGAAAGUAGAUAUUCCAGUGAAGACAGAGAAAACAUCAGAGCCACCACAUUUCUUAGAACACCUAGAUACUCCUGUUCACUUUUUUGAACUUUUUUUUGACGAAGACGUUUUUGAAUUGAUUCGCUCUGAAACCGAAAAAAAAUGCUAUUCAAAAAGGUUACCACAAUUUCAAAGGGCAAGCACAGGAAAUACCCACCCAGAACUUGGUGUAGGUGCUUCUGUUGUUUUAGACCUCAUAUCCAAAUUGCCGCCCGGUACUUACAGCUUUUAUAUGGACAACUAUUUUACAUCUUUACCCUUGUUGGAUGACAUAAAAACAUUAGGACACGAUGCGACGGGAACGGUUAGGGCAAAUAGGGUAGAAAAGGCACCCUUGAAAGAAGCGAAAGAUAUGAAGAAAAUGAGCAGAGGGUCUUUUGACCAGUGUACAGAUACUCUGACGAACAUCACCCUCGUACGUUACAAUGACAACAAUAUUGUUACCGUUGCCUCAACCGAAUGUGGUGUGGAGCCUUUAGCUAAGACUUUUCCUGAAAAUUCUUCUUCAGUAAAGAAGCCUAUUCCAAGAUCAUCUCUAGCAGUCAUAAAACGAGUUCCAGUUGAUAUUAGGUUAGAUGGAAAGGCACACCAUAUUAUCAAAAGUGAUAAACAAAACCGUUGUGGUUUAUGUCAUAAAAACACGACAAUGAAAUGUGGCAAAUGCAACGUCGCCCUACACCAAAAGUGUUCUCCUGCGUUUCAUACGAAAUAA